UGUCAGCGAACGAGUAUCAACUUUUACACAAACCAAAGCAAUACUUUAUAAACAUAUUUUUAAUAACCAUCUUUAGUAUUACCAUCAUAAUUGCCACCUAAUGCUAGACUAGGCAUUUUAAACAAUAUAAAAAUUGUUAAGCCAUUCAGUUCGAAUCGAAACAACGAGCCCUGGAGAUGCGGCUGACGCAAUUAUCAAUUAUUUUAUUGUUUUUCGUGCAAUGUUCCCAUUCUGCAAGGAUUUUGGGAGUGUUUCCCUUGGCGGGGAAAAGCUUAAACAUCCUGUACAAUCGUCUGAUGAAGGGUUUGGCGGAUGCGGGACACGACGUAACAGUGAUUAGUGCUUAUGAAAAUAAAUUACCUCUUAUAAAUGGCAGUAUUACUGAUGUAAUUUUGACAGGAUUUGCCGAGGAAUAUGAUAUUAUUAUAAAUGAAGAAAACUUCCUCGACAGCCCUGAAGAGUACCCGUUCUAUACAGUACUCUACUACCUGGUAUUAUUCGAACCCAUAUGGAACAACACGCUACACCAUCCAAACGUUCAAAAACUGUUAGCUUCAAAUAAACAAUUCGACUUGGUCAUUACAGAACAUCUGUGGAACGAUUGCCUGAAAGUAUUUGCUCAUUUCUACAACUGCCCCUUGGUCGUAUUUACCAGCAUGGGUGGAAUAAACACAUGGGUAAACGAUCAGGUGGGCAAUUUCUUUUUACCAUCUUAUGUUAAUCAUGCCAUGAAGCUCAGUGGCGAAUCUGAGGAAAUGAAUUUUGCCCAACGGGCCCAUAAUUUACUGUUUUAUAUCACUGAUUAUGUUUACAAGCAUUAUUACUUGUUCCCAAACAGUAAUGCUAUGUUAAAGAGUGCUUUCAGUAACCCUCCUGACAUAGAAGACAUCUAUGACAACGUUUCCUUGGUUCUUCUUGGUUCUCACGCAAGUCUACGGCCUGCAGCGCCUCUAUCACCAAAUACUGUAGAAAUUGGAGGUUUUCAUAUUGAUCCACCCAAAAAACUGCCCAAGGACUUGCAAGAGAUCAUGGACAAUGCGAAACAUGGCGUGAUAUACUUAAGUAUGGGUUCUCACUUGAAGAGUAGGGAUUUCUCUGAGGACAGAAAAAAGAUGUUCUUGAACGUGUUUGGUAGGUUGAAGCAGACGGUUUUGUGGAAGUUUGAGGAUGAAACGUUGCCUGGAAAGCCUGAUAAUGUUUUUACAAAGAAAUGGCUGCCGCAGAUGGAUUUAUUAGCCCAUCCAAAUAUGAAACUUUUUAUCACCCAUGGAGGAUAUGGUAGUCUUCAAGAGACCAUCUAUCAUGGAGUACCAGUAUUGGCAAUCUCCGUAGCAGCUGACCAACAUAACAAUGCUUUCCAGGCAGUCCAAUUGGGCUUUGCCUUAAAACUAUCAUACAACGAUAAAAGAUUCAGCGAGGAAACCUUAUUUAAUCAAAUCAGAGAAUUGCUAGAUAACCCAAAGUAUAGAGAAAAUGCCCAGGCUAGAUCCAGGUUGUUUCAUGACAGACCAAUGAAACCUCUGGAUACUGCCGUUUAUUGGAUAGAGUACGUUAUUAGAAAUAAAGGAGCUGAUCAUUUGAGAUUGUCCUCUACAAAGUUGUCCUGGUAUAAAUUAUACUUGAUAGAUGUUUUUGCAGUGUUUUUAAUAAGUUUGUUAGUUUUGUAUAGAAUAGUGAGUGUCUUAUUGGCUAAAAUAUUUAAAAAAGAACAGCGGAAGCAAAAAUUAAAGAAAAAUUAGUUCAUUUAGGAAUACUUUUAAAUUUUUAAAAACAUUACAUAAUUUUCGUAGGAUUUAUCUACCGUGUGUUACAUCAUCGACCUGGAAAUAGGAAAUCCUAUGUAAAUUUUAAGAAUGAUGAAUAAGUUUUGCCCAUUUUAUUUUACACAAAUAAAAUGGGCAUGACUGACAAUUUAUAGCAGUGGAAUAUUUAAAUGAUUCAAAAUUAUGCUUUUUCAAAUCCGCCAAGCAGUGGUACUUACGCCAUGCAGUGGUAGUUUACUUACUUGGUUUGUAUAUUUAUCAAUAAUAACCUUCUUUUUAUAUUCA